GCAGAUCACAGCUGCUAGCCAAAAUGAAUACUCGCCACUUCCUCAUGAUGGAAAAACAGAAGGCAGUUCUUGAGAAGGCGGCACAGAUCUUCCACAUCAGGCACCUGCUUUUCCAGCAGGGCCUGGCAGAGUGCCUGGGGACCCUGGUUCUGGUGACGUUUGGCUGUGGCUCGGUGGCCCAGAUGCUUCUCAGCGGAGGUUCCCACGGCGCGUUCCUCACCGUCAACCUGGCCUUUGGGUUCGCCGCCACGCUGGGGAUCCUCAUCAGUGGACAGGUGUCAGGUGGUCACCUGAACCCGGCCGUGACCUUUGCCCUCUGUCUCCUGGGGAGGGAGCCAUGGAGGAAGUUCCCGGUCUACUUCCUCUUCCAGACGUUGGGGGCCUUCCUGGGCGCCGGGAUCAUAUUUGGCAUGUAUUCUGAUGCGCUGUGGGAUUACGGUCAGGGGACGCUGUCUGUGGACGGGACCAACGCCACGGCGGGGAUCUUCGCUACGUAUCCCUCCCCACAUCUCAGCCUGCUCAACGGAUUCUUCGACCAGCUGAUCGGAACGGCCGCAUUAAUUGUGUGCAUCCUGGCCAUCGUGGACCCCCACAACACCCCGGUCCCGGCGGGUCUGGAAGCCUUCACGGUCGGCCUGGUGGUGCUGGUGAUCGGCCUCUCCAUGGGCUUCAACUCGGGCUACGCCGUGAACCCCGCCCGGGACCUGGGGCCGCGCCUCUUCACCGCGCUGGCGGGCUGGGGCAGCGGGGUGUUCACAGUGAAGGGCUACUGGUUCUUGGUGCCCUUGUUCGCCCCGUUCCUAGGGGCGGUGGUGGGGGUGGUGAUUUACCAGCUGAUGGUGGGCUACAACGUGGAAGGAGAGGCACGCAUCCAGAGAAGACGAGAGGAAGAGGAAAGCCUCAAAUAUGCAACUAUAACCACCAUCAAUGAAGAGGCAUAAGAAUCCUUUGUGUUGUGUGUUGCCAGCAUUUAAAUAUUUUAUGUUAUAUUUUUUAAAAGGUUAAAGGUAAAGGUUUUAAGUCUCCUACAUAUUAUUAUUGAUUGUCUGGUAUGUUUGAUAUAUUGAUUGAAACAAAAAACAUUUUAUAGAUUGGCAGAUUUAUCCACUGUCGUAUUUUCGAUUAUUGUCGCCUAUAUUAUUAACACUGCCAAUUCUUUUUAUAGGAAUUCUAUAUUAUUUGUAUGCGAGGAACUUGCUGAGAUAUACUGAGUUCAAAAAUAUAUUGUUAUCAAAAUAAAAUGGAGCUGUCUCUCCAAAUCCUGAAACUCGCGGCAUAACGACAAAUAACUACCGUAUUAUUAUUUAGAUUAAAACAUAUAGUAAGAAAUGAAGAAAAAACAAACUCAAAAUGAAAGGUGUGAUGCGGGUUAGAAAAUGCAGUUAAACAUAGAAAAUAACCGCUGUUGAACAAACUGCUUUUCAAUUUAAACAUAUGGAUUUUAUGAUCUUGUUUUAUUUACCUUGGUGGUAGGGUGGAGACUGCUUGGCGUCUCCUGUCCCCUCCCCUUUCCCCUCUCUCCUGUCCCCUCUCCUCCUUUCGUCUACCUGUCUCCACUCCUCUCUUUUCCUUGUCUCCUCUCCUACAAAGCAAUUGUAACCGAUAUGGUUAAAAUUUCCACAAUAGCCUCAAUAUAGAUAGACCAUCCAGAUGUCCACGUUUCACAAUGAACCUCAUAA